CACCCAUCCCCCCGAGCAGCAGCUCGCGUUAGUUAGUCGCGACUCGAGCCCCGGGGUCGCGUCUGGAUUGGCGGCGGGCAAGUGGGAUCCAUCCUGUGACUGACUGACACUUUCUGGAAGAGUGAAGCACGUUCUAGGCUGAUUAGAGGCUCAGCAAACACUGGUACCUCUUCUGCCCUGGCUUCUAGUGGCCAAGCAGAAGCAGUGAGGUCACUUAAAUAUAGAGACCAACGGCCUCAUGGAAGACAGCUCUCCGCAUUCCUUUGGGCUUGGUGUAUAUCAUAAUCAUAAAGUGACACUUGUUAACGAUAUAAUCCCCAGGACUAAAAGGCCCUUAGACUUGCUGGAGGAGGAUGAGCCCCUGCAAUCAGAUGCUAAGAAACGGCGCCACUUGAGUCAUUAUUGUAGCACUCCAUGUCCAUCCAAGAAACUAUCACUGUGCUCCCCAGACUCUGCCUGCUUCCUGGGCUCCUCUGGUUGUCUGGAUGAUACUGAGCUGGAGAACAUUGUCAUCCGAGUUAGUCUUCCAGAAGACCGUGUGGUAGCCCUUUCUGUGAAUACAGCCCGAUGUUUUGAUGAUAGUGAGCCCGAUGACUCUUUGCUGGAACCCUCAGAUGAUGAACAAGGGAACUCUCCCUUCAAUUACACUGAGGAAGAGUGUAGGGAAAUGUUAGCAGAUGAUUGCUUAGGAGAUGACCAGAACUCCACUGGAGAGAGUGCUUUAGUGAAUCAAGAGGUAUGGGGACAAAGUGAGAAGGAAGUGAGUAGCAACUGUAAUUUGGCAUCAGUCCCCCCGGAAGGCACAGAGACAUCAUUCAGGACCAUAGAUGAGUUAGUAAGUAACGAGUCUCUAUCUCAGACUGGCUCUUCAGUUAAUCCUGGAUAUUUUCAAAUUCUUGAGGAUGAAACAGCUAAUUCUGAGGGUGAAGAAUGCUUGAAUGUGGACUGCUUGAAAUCAAAUCAAGUCACUUGUACACUUGACUGUGAUCUUCAGGGGCCUCUAAAUCUUUCCCCAACUGAUGCAGAUUCAGUAGAUCCGCCAAAAGGGAAUGAUGUCUUGGAGGAAACUGGUGAAAAAGCUUCACAAGUAAUAAGAGAUGACCAUCUACAAAAUGCAAGCAAACAAAGUAUAGAGUAUGAUGAAAUCAGUUCUAAUAGCUUGGUUGUUGAAGAGUCCCUUGAGUGCCUGGCUUCUAAAGAGCACCACAGUGGGGGCCUGGAUAGUGUGGAAAAGCUGCCAUCAGAAAUCAAAGAAUCAUCUCCCUUCUCUGAUGCACACAUUAAAACUUCUACGUACUCUCCUGACCCUGCCUGUGGUCAAAGUAAGGACAAAGUGGAGAAUCCAGCACCUGUACUGCUACUGCAUUCGGAAACCUCUAAUGUCGUCCUAAAUCAGGACCCUUCCAGAGGAACAGACAGUGGAUUAUCAGGGACCUUUGGCUCCCAAAAGGAAGAUUUGAGCAGGCAAUCCACAUCUGUUGAAGAAUCGUCAGACAAUCUUAAAUUAAACUCUGUAGUGUUAGACCAGAACUGUGGGGAAGACCGUACCUGUGGGAAGAAGCUAGGCAAAGUCAUUCCUGUGCCACAGGUGGAAGAAAGACCAAAACAACGGAUAUGCAUUUCUGAAGCAGAACUUGAGCAAAAGAAGCAUAUUUAUAUCCAAUGUGUGCGUGCCCAUGUAAAGAAUUCCUCGGAUCCUACACCAGAUGCAUUAAAUGAGUUGUACGCUCUGAUGAAUAAGGUUGCCAGCAGGGAGUACCGAACCCAGGACCGCAGAUGGCAACAUCCAUCAGACCUCACCAUGAGAAAAUACCCAAGGUUCUCCAAGAAACCCACCCAAAAGUGCAGCCUUAAGCAAUGGGUGAGCCGGAACUUGGCCCACCACCGUCGCUUCCGGGACAUUCCUGACCACUUCCAGCGUAGCUCUGUCACAGCAUCCUCCAAUGUCUGAGCUACUCGUUACUGAGGGAGUGUGCUCUGUUUUUUCUCCAUUUAAAGUUAGUUUUUAAUUGUCCUGUAGCUUAGCUGUUUGUCUCUUGAUUGUUUGAUCUAUGGAUUGUUCUGUUUUUUAAUAAGGCCAGUUUGAGGAUUUUGCGUGUCUUUGUUUUGGAGACCUUCAGAACCUCCUUUUAAAUACAGGUUAAAUAUGUGAUCUGUUCAGUACAGGUAACUCUUUGUAGCAUUUCUUAUCAGUAUUUUCCUUUGAAAUAAAAGCAAGCUUUCCAGAGAGCAGCUGACAAGCAAAGGUAUCCCCACUCUGCAAAAGGAAGUCACACCUAACAAGAAAUCUAAUGGAUAUACUGUUCAGUUACAGGAGAUGGAUGAUGCAAUUUAGAAUGGAAAUCUUUUUGCCAGAGCCUGAGCUCAGAACAAAGCUUUUAAGUUUUUUUAGAGCAACUGCUAGGUUCCCUUUGGACACCAUUCAUGUUGGAAUCACCUGUGUGGUCGGUGUCCUUUUUAUGAAGGUUGACAAAGGCAGUGUUCUGGGUUGACACAUCAAGUUGGCAUAAAUUAAGAGGCAAUUGGAGAACAGCCUGUUUUUCCCCAUUCCUCAAAUUUACGUGCCUCCCUUGUUUGUCAUCUUCAGUUAUAGCUUUUCUUUGUAAAACGUUACAUGUAGAUUUGCACUUUGUUGAUAGUGUUUAUAAAUAAUUUGCACU